AUGGCUCAACACACAAACUACAGCUCUAUACCCAAUAAUGAUCCAGAGAGAUCAUUUGGCGUUCAAAAACUGAACAAUAGAAAGAAGCUCUACCUCACUGUGGGCGCUGUAGUUAUUGGCAUUACAGGUGCCAUUGCGAUUAUAUCUACAGUGCUAUUAGGGAAAAAGGCUGCUGAUCCAGUUCCCAAGAAGAACGUGAUCAUGAUGAUCAGUGAUGGUUUUGGCCCAGCUUCAGAGACGUUUGCUAGACAGUACUAUCAGUGGUUGGAGCAUAAAGAGUACAAGGACCUGUUGCCGCUGGAUGAGAUUCAUGUGGGCCAAAGUCGCACUCGAAGCUCAUCCAGUUUGGUGACUGAUAGCGCUGCAGGGGCAACUGCAUUUUCUUGCGCCAAAAAGUCGUACAACGGAGCCAUUGGAGUGGAUCCCCAUGAAUUGCCUUGUGGUACUGUUUUGGAGUCUGCAAAAUUACAUAAAAACAUGUUGACGGGCCUUGUCGUAACAUCUCGUAUCACUCAUGCUACGCCUGCCGCAUUUUCCGCUCAUGUUCUGGAUCGCGACAAUGAAAACCUGAUUGCUGUGCAACAAAUUGGCAACAACCCAUUAGGACGCACUGUGGAUCUGAUGUUUGGCGGUGGCGCCUGUGAGUUCACCAAGAACUCCUCAGCCUACAGCUGCAGAUUGGAUGAUCGCGACCUGUUCACGGAAGCUAAGGAGAAGUUUGGCUGGAACAUCAUUUUGAACAAGUCAGAGUACGAGGCAUUGCAAGUCAAAGAUGUAGAGUUGCCUUUGAUGGCCCUGUUUGCACCAGGACACAUGAAUUUUGAAAUGGACAGAAACCCUCAUCAGCAGCCUGCUUUGCACCAAAUGGUAAUCAAAGCAUUGGAUAUCCUCAAGACCAAGUCAAAGGAACAAGACACAGGCUUCUUUAUGAUGAUUGAGGGAAGCCGCAUUGACAUGGCUGCUCACAACAAUGAUCCUGCUGCCCACUUUCACGACAUUUUGGAAUACCACAGAACCGCAGAGAUUGUCAAGAAAUUUGUAGAUGAGAAUCCCAAUACAGUGGUCAUCUCCACCAGCGAUCACGAAACUGGUGGCUUUACUGCUGGUAGACAGGUCGGCGAAGGCUAUCCCGAGUACAAGUGGAAUCCUGAGGUGGUGCAUCGUGUGCGUAAUUCGUCCGAAGUGCUGGCCAAUGCUUGGGCUGCAUCUGUCAACGAUGCACAUAGUCAAAGCUACCUCAAGAAGGUCUUAAUCCAAUCCGGUUUGGGCAUUGAAGAUGCUACUCCUGAAGAGAUUGAAAAAAUCACAAACUGGAAGUCAACUGGCAAGACAGUAGAAGAGCUGUCGUGGUACUUUUCUGAUAUGGUGUCUCGUCGUGCAUUGUUGGGCUGGUCUACCCAUGGUCACACAGCAGUCGAUGUGAACCUCUAUGCAAAGGGCGACGGCACUGAAGUUUUGAGAGGAAGCCAUGAGAAUACCGAGAUUGGCGAUUUCAUGAUUGAUUUCCUUGGUUUGGACCUGGAUGUCCUUACACACAAACUGGUCAAUUGCAGCACUGGACCUCCAGCCGUCGACUUCACAAGCAAGGCCACUGCUUACCAUGGCUAA